ACAAGCCGCACGUCACCCGUGGAUUUCAACACGCUAGCCCUCCGUAAACUAACAUGCCCAGUUUAAUCAGGGAGUCACUCGCCGUGAAACACCCCAGCAUGGACAGCGAUGAUCGGAAGAGGAAGCAGAACAUUGGAAAGAACUUUAUGUGUCGACUACAGUGCAUGUUCUCCUCCUCCGCAACCCCAGAGAGCAAGUUAAGCUUAGAGGAAACACAACAAUGGUCUGACUCAUUAGAGCGACUCCUUGAAUCAAAAUAUGGUCUAGCGACAUUCCGAACCUUUUUGAAAUCAGAAUUCAGCGAUGAGAACAUCGAGUUUUGGUUGACGUGUGAAGACUACAAGAAAAUCAAAUCCUCUUUCAGGAUGACAUCGAAGGCAAAGAAAAUCUACGAGCAGUUUGUCAGAGCAGAAGCUCCAAGAGAGAUAAACAUUGACUAUCACACAAGGGAGCAAAUCAAGAAGAAUGUGAAGGCUCCGACAGUGCAGUGUUUUGACGAAGCCCAAAAGAUCGUUUACGGGCUGAUGGAGCGAGACUCCUACCCCCGGUUCUUGAGAUCCGAAAUGUACCGGACCCUCCUGGAGUCACUGGCGGCAGAAGCCGCUCAUGGCUGA